GGUCGUGGUGGGGGCCGAGGCGGACCGCUUCCCCGUAACGUCCAGGUCUCCAAGAAGCUAUCAUGGCUACUACGACAUGGCGCCGCGGAAGAAGGUCUGCAACUCGGUCCGGGUGGCUACCUGAGCGUACAAGAUGUCCUCGGCAACCGCAAGAUCCGAUCGAUGAAGGUCACGUUCGACGAGAUCAGGGAAGCUGUCGAAGACAAUGAGAAGCAAAGGUUCUCGAUGAUCCCGGCAGCAUCGGACCCAUCAAAGGAUGACGCAGCUAAUGAGCUCGACAUUACUUCAACCAAGCCAAGCGACUGGCUCAUCCGAGCAAACCAAGGGCACAGUAUGAAGGUCGAAGCGGAAGGCUUGUUGCAGCCUAUCACAUCCGAGAACACGCCUACUACCGCCGUCCAUGGCACCACACAUGCUGCUUGGCCACUCAUUGUCGCCUCAGGCGGUCUAAAACCCAUGAACAGGAAUCACGUCCACUUCGCUGCUGGCCUACCUGACGGCUUCAAGUCUGUCGUAGAUGGAGACGCAGACACCGUAGCUGCACCCGUGAUCUCUGGCAUGCGGAAAUCGUCGACCGUCCUAAUGUUUCUGGACGUGCCAAAGGCGCUGAACGCAGGCUUGAAGCUCUGGCUUAGCAAAAACGGCGUGAUACUUAGCGAGGGUGACGUGGGUGGCCUCGUGCCAUUGACGCUGUUCAAGCGCGUUGAAGACCGCACGGGUGAAGGUGUCUUGCUGCAGGACGGC